AUGGCCGCCGCUAAGAAGGUUGGCUUCCGUGUGAUCGGCAGCAAAACCGAUGGCAUCGGGUCUAUGGCUGUGCUCUUCAGACGCAUUGUCACAAAACUGACAAAUAUUCCUCUGGAGAAGAAUGUGAUCGAAAUCAACGACAAGAACAACGAAUGGUUUGAUUCGAUUAAAGAGCGUCUUCUCAUCAAACGGGAGGACGAGAAGAAUGACGAACACAUCUGGCUAUUGGCCAGCGAUAGCUCACUCAACGGUGUGUUGGGUCUCUUGAAUUGUCUUCGUCUAGAGCCCGGAGGCGAUAGUCUUCGCUGUAUAUUUGAUUGCGACAAACGGAUCAAAAUGCCUCUCGAUUUCAACGAAAGUCCUUUCUAUGAUAUUCUCACCAAUGAUUUGGUGGUGAAUGUACUCAAAGACGGACAUAACGGCAGUUUCAGACACUAUAGUCUGCCCCGCGAUUACGAUAAGGUCCAGACCAGCGAUUACUUCUUGAAUAUCGGACAGAAUAGAGAUCUCUCAUCACUUCAAUGGUUCGACUCGAAGAAUUUGGUGCCAAAAGCCACGUAUUAUGACAUUAAUAACAGGAAAUGCAAACAAAUUCGUUGUAAUAUUUAUAGCUCUGGACUCAACUUCAGAGACGUUAUGUUAGCCACAGGCCGAAUAGUAUCGGGUCCUCAGAGUUUGUUCACCGAUUGUCUGCUGGGCUUUGAGUUCGCCGGCCGUCGCACUGAUGACGGCAAAAGAGUUUGCGGUUUUGAUUUGAGCCGUUGUUUCGCCACUUUUGUGGACUCAAUCGAGGAGUUUAUAUCUCCGAUUCCCGACCACUGGUCAAUGGACGACGCGGUGACCAUUCUGUCCACUUAUAGCACCGUUUGGUACGGUUUGAUAGAAAGGGCAAAAUUGCAGAAAUUCGAAAGCAUUUUGAUCCACUCGGGAGCGGGAGGUGUGGGUCAGGCGUCCAUAACUGUGUGUCAGUACUAUAAAUGUGAUAUUUAUGUAACGGUCGGCACCGAAGAUAAGAAACAGUUUUUGAUGAAAGAAUACAAUAUUCCGGAGAACAGAAUAUUUAGCUCAAGAGACACUCAAUUCAAAUUCAGGAUCAAAGCACUGACUAAAGGAAAGGGUGUGGAUCUGGUGCUCAACUCACUCGCCGGCGAUAAACUGGAGGCCAGUUAUGAAUGCGUUGCCGAUUGCGGCCGCUUUGUGGAGAUCGGCAAAUAUGACCUCCAAAUGAACAAACAGUUGGGAAUGUUUUCAUUCCUCAGAGAUAUCUCAUUCAUCGGCGUAUCAGUCGAUAGGAAACUGUUUUUAGUUCCGGGAUUUGCCAAACAGUUCUUCGAUUGGAUGCACGAGAACUCCAACAACGGAAUGAUUAAACCAAUCAAUAGAACCGUCUUUAAGGCCUCGGAGGCGGAGAAGGCGUUCAGAUAUAUGACAACCGGUAAACACAUGGGAAAGAUUGUGGUGAAGAUGAGAGAGGAGGAGAACUCUGAGAUGGCACUCAAGGGCUAUAAUCCAUCGCAGAAGUUGACGGCCACCACAAAGACGUACUUCGAUCCGCAUAAGGUGUACGUAAUCACCGGUGGUUUGGGUGGCUUUGGUCUGGAACUGCUUCAUUGGAUGAUCUUCUUGGGCGCCCGUAAUUUCGUGCUGACCUCGCGUUUCGGUGUCCGAAAUAAGUACCAGAAGUUUAUUUUGGAUCGAAUCAAGUCUUUGGGCAAAAAGUUUGAAAUGUUUAAACCAAAUAUCGUUGUCUCCACUCAAGACACCAACACAUGGGAGGGAACGAAAGCCAUGUUCGCCGAAGCGGAACAGUUGGGAGCCAUCGGCGGUGUCUUCCACUUGGCUCUAGUGCUCAACGAUUGUCUCAUCGAAAACCAAACGUACGACAAGUUUGAAGAGACCGUCGACUCGAAAGUGAAGAGUUUCCAGAACUUUGACAAAUUGUCGCGCGAGUCGGCCCUCAGUUUGGACUACUUUGUGGUCUUCUCGUCCGUCAGUUGUGGCAAAGGAAACGCGGGUCAAGUGAACUACGGGUUCGCCAACUCUAUAUGUGAGCGCAUUUGCGAACAGAGACGCAAAGACGGUUUGCACGGUCUGGCCAUCCAAUGGGGACCUAUCGGUGAUGUGGGAGUCCUGUCCACCACUGAGAUCAACGCCAGUCUCUCUGGUAUUGUUAAACAGCGCAUCAAUUCAUGUCUCGAUGUUUUGGACAAAUUCUUGCAAACACCACAUUCUGUGGUCUCGUGUGUCGUAAGAGCCGAGCGCUCAACGAUGUCGGGCACUAAAGAGGCCCGAAUUGUGAGUCAAAUUUGGUUGGCAUUGGGUAUCGACCCGAAGACAACUCCCGAUCACUUGACUCUCGGGGAGAUCGGUAUGGAGUCUAUGUUUGCGGUUGAGUUACAGCAGGGGUUGGAAAGAGAUUACGACAUCAAAGUGUCGUUGAAUGACAUCAAAUCAGUGACCGUUAAACUGAUGAAAGACUUCGAGGCCGGAAAAGUGGAAGAAUUGAGAGCCUUCUCCGAAGAGAUCAAGAAUUGUCGCUCGAAGUUGAGUAAAAUCAAGUUUAUUAUCCCCACAGACGUCACCACAAGACUUAAUAGUGUGAAGACUGGAGUUCCGGUCUAUUUCUUGCCUCCACUCGAAGGCAUAUUCGCAUCGCUGGAAGGGUUGGCCGAUAAGAUCGACAGACCAGCCAUUGGUCUCAAUUGGACCCGAGAUAUGGAGAAAUUGGGUUCACUUAAAGAGAUCGCCAAAUAUUAUACGGAUUUAUUGAAACAAUUGCAUCCGAAGGGCGGUUACGAUAUCGUCGGCCACUUCUAUGGGGCGCUCAUUGCGAUGAAGAUGUUGAAGAAGGCGCCCAUCGGUAAAGCGGUUAUCAUUGAUAUGUUGUCUGAGAUAAAGAUGGACGAAGAGAUGCUUUCAGACGACUAUCUGCUGGAAUUGAUCGCUAAAUUCAUAUCAAAAGAUUUGCCAAAACCACUGAAGGAUAAGAUAUCGCGCGACAUGAAUGGUAAGCACGACGUGUCGGGAAAGUUGGCCAAACUUAGCGAUGAGGUGAAGGACUUUGUGGGCAAAUCGCUGGUCAGCAAAGACUUGGAGGAGAUUCUGAUGAAUUCGUUCACGAGAGCCAAACUCUUCACUUCGUAUCGAUUGAAUAUGAAGAAUAAAUUCAAACAAAUUAAGCUGAAUGUCGGCCGAAAGUAUCUGGAAAUGAAGGGUAAAGUGCUUAUCAUUAAACCGUUUGAUUACGUCGAGGACGAAGUGACUGAUAUGAAUGCUAUAUCCGAUCGCAUCAGAGACUCAUAUUUUCUGCCCGAAAAGGGUUUGGAAGGAAAGCUCAACUUCGAGAAGAUUGAGGCGAAUGGAGACGAUAUGUCUAAUCAAACGUUUGAUAGAAUCGCCGAUUCUAUUAAUCAUGACUAUAACAAGACAAUUGAGAUAGACGUUCAAUAUUACUAUAAACCCGAUGUAGUGGACAGUCGUAUAGGGUUUGGUGCGGACAUUGAGUACGGAGAGGCCCCGUGGGCUGUAUUCUUGGAAUUCCACAAUUUUGUUGGCUUUACUAAAGGAAGUUGUAGUGGAGUAUUGGUCACCAGAUUAUGGGUCUUAACAGCCGCUCAUUGUUUUCUCGGUCGUAAACAUUACCGAUUACUUGUGAAAGGGGGCAGAGAUCCUGACAAACCGAUUGAAAAGAGGUAUAAGGAUGUGGUUAUUAUUCAUCUGCUGAUAUUCCGUCUGUUUCUACUGAACAUACUGAACCGAAACCAAUCUGAACACAGCGGCAAAGGCGCAGCCGUUGUGUUAUCUGAAAUAGAGUAUUUGUGA